AUUCCAUUCCAUUCCAUUCCAGUACUCGCUCAUCUUGCUCCGCCUUCUGCUUCUGCGCAUCCUCCAAGGAUCGUGAUGGCCAUGGCCACGCAAGCCUCCGCGGCCACGCGCCACCUGGUGGCCGCCGCCGCUUCCGCCUGGGCGCCGUCGGCGAAGCCGCGGCAGCUAAGCUCACAGCUCGCGCUGCCGCCGUCGUCCUCCCGCGCGCCGGCCCCGCUCCGCGCGACCGCCGGGGAGGCGGUGACCGAGGAGGCGCCCAAGGGGUUCGUGGCCCCGCAGCUGGACCCCAGCACGCCGUCCCCGAUCUUCGGCGGCAGCACGGGCGGGCUGCUCCGCAAGGCGCAGGUGGAGGAGUUCUACGUCAUCACGUGGGUGUCCCCCAAGGAGCAGGUGUUCGAGAUGCCCACCGGCGGCGCCGCCAUCAUGCGGGAGGGGCCCAACCUCCUGAAGCUGGCGCGCAAGGAGCAGUGCCUCGCGCUCGGCACCAGGCUGCGCUCCAAGUACAAGAUCACCUACCAGUUCUACCGCGUCUUCCCCAACGGCGAGGUGCAGUACCUCCACCCCAAGGACGGCGUCUACCCGGAGAAGGUCAACCCCGGCAGGGAGGGCGUCGGCCAGAACUUCCGCAGCAUCGGCAAGAACGUCAACCCCAUCGACGUCAAGUUCACCGGCAAGAGCACCUUCGACUAAUCACACAUCACGCCGCCCGCCCGCCCGGCCGGUGAUCCAAAUCAAAGGACUUCUUCUUCUUCUUAUAUUAAUAAUUAAGCUAGCUGCUGGUGGUGCGCCAUAUACAUGCAUGGUUUGAUCUAAAUAUAUGUGGACAUGGAUGUGUAAUUUGUUUUAGUAAUUUCUUGGUGACCGUGGAGGCGCAGCGUGGGACUCUAUGUACAUGUGCAUCUGCUCCUCAUGUCUAUGCAUAUGACAACGUUGCCAUAACACCUGAAUCUUUCAAUAGUGCAUUUA